AUCCAGCGUUUGUGUGGCUGUUGAUCUGUCUGCCAGACAUUGAGGUAGGCAUAAUAUUUAACUGCCCUAUAUAUUAUGUUUGUCAAAAUUUAAUAUGAAAUUGGAUUGUGUAUUUUAUUAUGUACCUAAGUAGAUAACAAGCAGUUGAGUAUAUAGUUUUUAAGAAAAACGUAGUUGCACAUCGUCAGGAUUCUAAUCCAAAACUUACCCGAUUUCCAUACAUGCGGACGUCUUGUUCAUGAUCCCUAAUCUCGAUGACGCAUGCGAGAACCCAAAUGAAUACAAAUGGAGUGAUUGGGUAGUAAAGUAAUGAAAAGAAAGUUACGUUUGUGAUAAGUGGUAAGACAGGAAUCAGAACGGGUUGUGGAUAUUCAAGAAUAUGUUUCGGAUUGGUUGCGAAUGGAUGAAAUCACAAAACUGUUUACAAGGUAGGUAGUCAUUAACACGUGCGUCUUCCCAGGUUUUAAUGUGGGAAUGUAAGCAGUUUUGAAAGAGAGAGAUUCGGAACUAUUCUUAACUUUUCCCACGACUUCCACUGAUCCAACAAGCUGUACUUCUUCCCCCUACCCCUUGUCUAAGUUAAUAAACCAACCUAUUUAUCCUACUUUAGAGAAGUGCAUCACGCGCCUCCAUGUUCACGAGGAAAUCCCCCAUUUGGAUCAUUAUUUGUUUGUCAUAUGGAUUUUAAUGGGAUAGUUUUCUUUGUCACACGUGGCUUUUUAAUCCUGUUGUCAGUUUGCUGUUCACGUUUGGUGCGCUGGACAAACAGUGGUAUUGGUGAAACAUCAGCGAACUCGCUACAGCCUGUCGUAUGAGUAGUCUGUUAUCACAGAUACGCUCGUUGAUCCGUUCCGUAUCUACAGUUCGCAGUAAAGAUAAUACUUCGAAAUCAUUUCUAAAGAGAGUAAGACUAUGCCUGUUGACAGCUGUUGCUGGAUAUGACAAUAAGCAUACAAAAUAUCAAACCAGGAUUCCACCUAAAUGGGUUUACGGCGAUGAUGCUUGUUUCCUGUCAAUAACGGACUCUUCGUGCGUCUUAGGUGUCGCUGAUGGUGUUGGUGGCUGGCGGUCAUAUGGAGUCGAUCCUGGUCGAUUUUCCAGGGCAGUUAUGAAGAAUUGUGAACGCCUUGUAAACUCAGGACGUUUUAUGCCCGAUAAACUGGAAUUUCUAAUAGCUCAGUGCUAUGAAGAUGUUCUGAAUUCUAAAGAACUUAUUUUAGGAAGUGCCACUUUAUGCAUUAUAUCCUUACAGCGAAAUGAACACAGAGUAUAUGGGGCUAGUUUGGGUGACAGUGGCUAUCUGGUCAUACGUGAGGGAACUGUAAUUCAUCGAUCGGUUCAUCAAAAGCAUUCAUUUAACACACCAUUCCAGUUGGCCUGUUUACCAAUAGUUCAUUCAAGACAGUUUCACUGUGACUUACCGAACCAAGCUGUUCAAACUAGUGUGGAAGUUAAACCUGGUGAUAUUAUAAUCGUUGGCACAGAUGGACUAUUUGAUAAUCUAACUGAACCAAUGAUAUUACAAGAAGUUAAAAAUAUUGAAUUGCUUGCAAAUUGUACAAUUGAAAGCCUAAAACAAUGUGCUAAACGUCUUGUUGAGCAGGCACGAAGCGCAGCAUUCGCUCCUGAUUUUGUCUCUCCAUUCGCUAGUGAAGCGCGUCGUUAUGGUAUCAAUAUAGCAGGUGGAGUCCCAGGUGAUAUAACCGUCAUUUUGGGGCUAGUUAUUGAAGAGAAAUCAUCAUCAUCAUUAGCGAAUGAUGAUUUAUGCAGAGUUGGUAGUCAUAUUCGACAGUCACAACGGUCAAUGCAUUCUCAUUUAUCUGCUAGACCAACACGAAGUGUAUCCUGCUCUGAAUUAACCUGUGAUAGUAGACUGUCCUCAUUUUCUUCCACUUCCUCAUCCUCCUCCUCCUCCUCCUCCUCCUCCUCUUCAAGUUACUUCUCUUCAUCUUAUCCUUCAAAGUCAACUUCCUUUUUCACACAAUUAUCACAAAAUAAUUCAUGUAAUUAAAUGCAUUUUUAGAUGCUUUGUAUUUUCCUUUACAUGACAAGAAAAAUGCGAUAUCUUUUCUUAUCCUACAGUUAUUUGUCUGAAUAUUUAUUUCUGAAUAAACCGUGUAUAUCUUAUAUUAACUACCUUUUUUUUUAGAAAAAAAAAGUAGUAAAACAAAUGAGGAGGAGCAAGAAGAAGAGGGUCAAAGUUGGUCAGUUAAUUUGUGGUGUAUUUUCAAAUGCUACUUUUACGUACUGUUGAGUGUCGCAUGUAAGUAGAUGCAUACGAAUGGAAUUGUAAAUACUUUUAGACUCAAGAAACAAUGAAUCCCAUCGAACUAUGUGAAUGUCACAGUUUUUUAUCCUCCUUGAAAUGUUUUCUUGUGCUUCUUGUAGUAAUUUCUACUUUACUUUCAUUUAUAUAUUCACAGUUAUCAAAAAUGCAGUUCUUUUCAUGUAGUUUCAGUUCCUUUUUUUUAAAAUCUUCUAUUCUGAAGAUUUCUUCCUUGAUUGUACAUAAAACAAAUAAUAAUAAUAAUACUCAUACUUUUACAGAUUAAUUAUGAAAGUCUGAUUCUUUUUCUCAAGUAUAUAUUUAUCAAUAUACCGAACCAGUGUAUAGAUUUUAAUUGAUAGAAUCUAGGAUGCGCA